AUGGAGCAACUGUUUGCUACAGCCUGCCUAGCCAUUGACCAGGAGGCUGAUGCCUUAGAACAGUUGAGCCUUACCAUAUGGAGGAAUCCAGAACUUUUGUUUCAAGAGAGAAUCGCCCACGAUGCACUGACGAACUUUCUAGAAGAACGAGGGUUCGCUGUAGAGAGAGGCUACAAAAACGUUGAGACUGCUUUCAGGGCAACCUGGGAGUGUCCGGCUACUGGGGAAAGUGAGUACAAGACCCCUAACAUCGCUGUACUGUGUGAGUACGACGCCCUGCCUGAGAUCGGACAUGCCUGUGGUCACAACCUAAUAGCACAGCUCGGGGUGGCAGCUGCUCUUGGGGUCAAGGCCGUUAUGGAAAAACAUGGACGGCCAAUAGGAAAGUUGACCGUGCUGGGGACCCCUGCAGAAGAGGGAGGGGGAGGAAAGAUCGUUCUGAUGGAGGCCGGAGCUUUUGAUGACGUGCAUGUGGCCAUGAUGUGUCACCCAUGUUCAGAGAACAUUGCCAUGCCUAAUACUCUGGCCAUGUACACGAUCACCUACCAUGGGAAGGCUUGCCACGCCUCUGCCUCGCCAUGGGACGGGGUCAACGCCCUGGAUGCCGCUAUACAAGCUUACAACAGCAUCUCAGCAUUAAGACAACAGCUGAAACCAACAACACGGGUUCAUGGGAUCUUCACAAAAGGAGGCACCAAGGCCAACAUAAUCUCAGACUUGACCCAGUUAGAGUAUUGCAUCAGGGCCAAGGACAGACGUGAACUGGAAGUUGUCGCCCAGAAGGUCACCAAAUGUUGGGAUGGCGCUGCCAUAGCAACGGGUUGCACGGUUGACAUAGAUCACAGCCAAAUUGGCUAUUCUGAUAUAAACAACAACCGGACCUUGGCCAAAGUUUACGAAAAACACAUCAACAUGGUGGAGCCAGACAGGAGAAAUUUUACAGAGACGUGUCCAGUGGGAUCUACAGAUAUGGGAAAUGUCAGCUAUGUAUGUCCCAGUAUCCACCCUAUGUACAGGAUAGGGGCUGCACUUAACCACAGCAAGGAAUUUACCAAGGAAUCAGGAACCAGGUCAGCCUUCCUGUUGUCACAGACCCAAGGAAAAGCUCUGGCACUGACCGCUAUAGAAAUUAUGUCGGAUCUGGGACUGUUGGGGGAGAUUACUGCAGAGUUCAGGGAGAAAACUGGACGAAAUAACUGACUUCAAAAAUGUUUCUGAAGUUUUUCUUCACUU